CAGAAAUGGAAAUAGAAAAGAACAAGGGGAGGUUUGGGAUGAUUUUUCAAUCUUUUAUACUAGGUAAUCUAGUAUCCUUAUGCAUGAAGAUAAUAAAUUCGGUCGUUGUGGUCGGACUCUAUUAUGGAUUUCUGACCACAUUCUCCAUAGGGCCCUCUUAUCUCUUCCUUCUCCGAGCUCGCGUUAUGGAAGAAGGAGAAGAAGGAACCGAGAAGAAAGUAUCAGCAACAACCGGUUUUAUUACGGGACAGCUCAUGAUGUUCAUAUUGAUCUAUUAUGUGCCUCUGCAUCUAGCAUUGGGUAGACCUCAUACAAUAACUGUCCUAGCUCUACCCUAUCUUUUGUUUCAUUUCUUCUGGAACAAUCACAAACACUUUUUUUAUUAUGGAUCUACUAACAGAAAUUCAAUGCAUAAUCUUAGCAUUCAAUGUGUAUUCCUGAAUAAUCUCAUUUUUCAAUUAUUUAACCAUUUCAUUUUACCAAGUUCAAUGUUAGUCAGAUUAGUCAACAUUUAUAUGUUUCGAUGCAACAACAAGAUGUUAUUUGUAACAAGUAGUUUUGUUGGUUGGUUAAUUGGUCACAUUUUAUUCAUGAAAUGGGUUGGAUUGGUAUUAGUCUGGAUACAGCAAAAUAAUUCUAUUAGAUCUAAUGUAUUUAUUAGAUCUAAUAAGUACCUUGUGGCAGAAUUGAGAAAUUUUAUGUCUCGAAUCUUUAGUAUUCUCUUAUUUAUUACAUGUAUCUACUAUUUAGGCAGAAUACCGUCACCCAUUGUUACUAAGAAACUGAAAGAAACCUUAGAAAUGGAAGAAACAGAUGUAGAAAUAGAAACAACUUCAGAAACGAAGGGGACUAAACAGGAACAAGGGGGAUCCACCGAAGAAGAUCCUUCUCCUUCCCUUUUUUCGGAAGAAAAGGAGGAUCCGGACAAAAUUGAUGAAACGGAAGAGAUACGAGUGAAUGGAAAGGAAAAAACAAAAGUGGAUCAGAAUAAGGUAGAAAUAUUGAACGAAAAAAAGGAAUAAAUUAAUAAAAAGAUUAAUACAUAAGAUACAUACACUAAAAGAUAAGAAGAAAUUCGACCGCCCCCUACAUAUUUUAUACCUUCCCCUACAAAAAAACUCGAAA